AUGACCUCUAGUCCCUAUUUAGUCCCUGGAAACAAACAGGUACGGACUAGGGACUUUUAAGUUGGAACUAAAAAAAAGUCUGAGGACUUCUCAAACAAACAGGCCCUAUAUGGAUCGUUUGAUCUAAAUCGGAGGUUUCAAAAUUGGUGCCUCUAACCUACCUAACUAUUUAAGCAAAUGAAACCCUAGGAUGUGUACCAUCCUUAGUUGCAUUUCCGCCGCCAGCAAGCCGCGAGUUACCCCCACCUCAUGAUCCUCCUGGAUCUAGCCGAUCUGACGACCUCCCGCAAUUUCAGCGCCGAGCCAAUCCAGCGCCGCAACCUUGAUCCAAAAUCCCCAAUGGCCUCAUCCUGAUCCACAGCCGCCAUGUCGCUCGAUCUCCUCGCCCGCGAGCUGCCCCCGGAGUCGUGCCUCCUUCUCCUUUCCCCGGCAUGGUCGCGCCCCUCUGGCUCUCCAGCAGCAACCAUGGGCCAUGGCGCCUGCAUGCCCGCCACUCCGACCUUCCGCUGGCCGGCGAGUCGCCGACAAGCAGCAGCACCAGGUACGCCGUGCCACAUCCCCAAGCUCCUGCUGUGCCCGCUCCGGACCAUCCUCGCUCCAGCGGCUCCCGCUCGUCCCCGCGAUGCACCUCGCCAUCUCUAGCUCCUCCUGCACUCAAGCAAUCCAUGCCGGCGAGCUCCAUCACACCUCUAGGGUCUGCCUUGAGCCAACCCCUGCUAUCGCUACGCCCCGGACGAGACCGACGUUCCCCACUGUCGGCCUCCCUUCGCCUUGCCUAACGCGUGCUUUGCCCGUCGUCAUUGCCCCGUCCCCUGCAUCGCACGGCCUGGUUAGGCGAGGCCACGAGGAGAAAAAUGACAGGAUGACUAUGACCCAUGUAGCUGCUCCGCUCCUCCCGUUCGCUUGAUCGCUUGUCCCAGCCGCCAGGCGCACCCUCAAUCGUGUGGAUCGUGGCCUCACCCAGCAGCAAGCCCAACCCCGCACCGAGCCGCCCCGCUUGCCCCUGCAGCGCCCUCGUGUGGGCCUCGAGUAUGUCGGCCCAGCCGCCUCCAGGCAAGCCACCCCGCGGUGCAGCAAGGCCGACCCAUCUCCCUCGCCACCUCACCCACUGUGAGCCCCCCCGGUUCAAAUUUGUGUUUGCAUUAAUUUGCAUGGUGCCAUGUUAAAAUAAUUUAAUUCAUA